AUGUUCAAAAAAGUAGCGAUGCGGCUAACCGUCUGGGCUUACAGAACCCUGCUGGUCUUCACCGGCAUCUUCACGUUCCUCGUUGACGCCUAUCCGCUCUACGCCGCGAGCGUUCUGGCGGCCAAUGCCUUUGUGCGCUGCAUGUUCGCUGCUGCCUUUCCAUUGUUUGGAAACCAGAUGUACGAGGCUCUCGGGUAUCCCUGGGCAUCUUCGCUCCUCGCUUUCCUGACAGUAGCCAUGCUGCCCUUCCCCUACAUUUUCUUCCGGUACGGCAAGAGGAUCAGGGGCACGAGCAGGUUCGCCACCCAAGGCUGA